AUGUUAGUCAAAGCCAUAAGUAAUCAUUGUACUUUCCUUGUGGGUUGUUUGUUGGAAGGAACGCUGCGCUUAUCAGUACCGGUUACUCAAGCAAGUACAGCUCAGCUCAGCUCAGCUCAGCUUAGCUCAGCUGAUCAUUCAUUCAUUUUCUCGAUUAUGCAAGAACUUGGAAAAUAUACGAACCUUGCAACGUUACAGGGUAAGGGUGCUACAGAACGAAAGAGUUACAAUCUUGGACUGCAAGAGAGAAGAGAGAAGAGAGAGGGGAGAGGGGAGGGAGAGAGGAGAGAGAGGAGAGGAGAGAGAAGAGAGAAGAGAGGGAGAGGAGAGAGGAACUGA